AUGUAUUAUUAAUUGGGUAAAAUUAGCAAGUAAAAGCAGAAGUAUUCACUCCUUUAGAAAUAGAAAUUACCAUUAGAAGAUAUCAGUUGCAGCAAUAAUAUAGGUAUUAGCUUAGCAUUAGUUUCAAACACUUAAACAAGCAUUUACCAUUUAUAUUUAGCUCCUCUAUUAUAAAGUAAGAGGACUAACUGA